UUAUAUUUUUUAGCGAGAUAAAAGCUUACAUUUGAAAAGCAAAAAAAAAAAUAAUUGCACCGCCUGAACUAUUUAGGACUAAAUGUUCCCCGGUCAAAUACCUAUCUUAAUAGUUUUCGCUUUACGGUAAGACAUUGCUGUGGGUCUCUCCCACACGCGCUACAGAGACGCCGCAGUCAUUACGUCACGGAGGACACGUAACGGGACGAUCUGAGUCUGAAGGAGGAUCCACACAGACGGAAAGACCGGGGUGAGCAGGGACAGGCUACUAGACAGCCAGACCGGACUACUCUCACCGGAUACUACAGACUUCCUGCACAGUAAAGGCCACACAACUAUUGAUUCCUGCCCAGUGAGGACACAGAAGACCAAAUAUAGAAAUGGUGUUCAGAGGCACAAUAACAGAUGCUCCGGACUUUGAUCCAGCUGCUGACGCUGAGACCCUUUACAAUGCCAUGAAAGGCAUCGGCAGUGAUAAAGACGCCAUAUUGGACCUGGUCACCUCGAGAAGCAAUGCACAGAGGCAGGAAGUUAUUGAAGCAUACAAAUGCAGCUUUGGAAAGGACCUGAUUGAGGAUCUGAAGUAUGAGCUGACGGGCAAAUUUGAGCGUCUCAUAGUCAGUCUGAUGAGGACAUCAGCCCACCAUGAUGCCAAAGAAAUCCAUGAUGCAAUCAAAGGAGCUGGAACCAAUGAGAGAUGCCUUAUUGAAGUGAUGGCAUCCAGGAACAACAAUCAGAUACAUGGCAUGGUUGAGGCAUACAAAGAUGCCUAUGGAGGAGACAUUGAGGAGGAUGUGAUCGGUGACACUUCAGGUCACUUUAAGAAGAUGCUGGUUGUUUUACUGCAGGGGACCAGAGAUGAGUCAGGAGUCGUGGAUGCAGACUUGGUGGAGCAAGAUGCACAAGACCUGUAUGCAGCUGGUGAAGAGCAGUGGGGAACCGAGGAGGCCAAAUUCAUCAUGAUCCUGGGAAACCGCAGCGUGACCCACCUCCGCAUGGUUUUUGACGCAUACGAGAAGAUCGCCGAGUGCUCCAUAGAAGACAGCAUAAAGAGUGAGCUGUCUGGAGACUUUGAGACGCUGAUGCUGGCUGUUGUCCAGUGCGUAAGGAGUGUUCCCAUGUUCUUUGCCAGGCGCCUUUACAAAUCAAUGAAGGGUCUGGGCACAGCUGACAACACCCUGAUCAGGAUCAUGAUUUCCCGCUCUCAAAUAGACAUGUUGGACAUCCGCGAGUGCUUUCGUUUAAGAUAUGAGAAGUCACUUUACAACAUGAUUAAGGAUGACACAUCAGGGGAUUACAAGAGGACUCUGCUCAAUCUGUGUGGAGGAGAUGACGACUUAGCUGGAGAGUUCUUCCCUGAAGCCGCUCAGAUAGCCUACAAGAUGUGGGAAAUAAGUUCCAUGACCAAAGUCCAGCUAAGACCAACAUUGCGUCCUGCUUCCAAUUUUGACCCUGCUGCUGAUGCACAAGCGCUGAGGAAAGCUAUGAAGGGAUUUGGAACAGAUGAAGAUGCAAUCAUUGACAUUGUUGCACAAAGAAGCAAUGCUCAGAGGCAAGAGAUCAGACAGACCUUCAAAUCCCUCCUUGGAAGGGAUCUGAUGAAAGACUUGAAGUCUGAACUGUCCAAGAACUUGGAGAGGCUGGUCAUUGGGCUCAUGUUGACCCCUGCAGAGUUUGAUGCCAAAAUGAUGAAGAAAGCAAUGGAGGGUGCUGGGACUGAUGAACAUGCUCUGAUUGAGAUCCUUGUCACCAGGAGCAACGAGGAGAUACAUGCCAUGAACGCAGCUUAUCAGGAUGGGUAUAAGAGGUCUCUGGAGGAAGCCAUUCAGUCAGACACAUCAGGCCACUUCUGUCGCAUUCUUGUUUCUCUUGUGCAGGGUGCAAGGGAGGAGGGUCCUGCAGAUAUCGAAAGAGCCAAUGCAGAUGCUCAGGAACUUGCUGAUGCAUGCAAUGCAGAGUCAGAUGACAUGGAGAUGAAGUUUAUGAGUAUUUUGUGCACCAGAAGCUUCCCCCAUCUGAGGAGAGUAUUCCAGGAGUUUGUCAAAUGCUCCAACAAGGAUAUUGAACAAAUUAUCAAGAAGGAGAUGUCAGGAGACGUCAAAAAUGCCUUUUAUGCAAUAGUUUGCAGUGUAAAGAACCAGCCUUCUUAUUUUGCAGACCGUUUGUACAAAGCCAUGAAGGGCCUUGGUACAGACGACAGAGCGCUGAUCCGCAUCAUGGUGUCCCGUAGUGAGAUCGACCUUUUCAACAUUCGCAAAGAGUUCAAGGACACACAUGAUGUCUCCCUCCACGAAUUCAUCCAGGUAGAAACUAUGCUCGGUGACACCUCAGGAGACUAUCGUAAAACCCUGCUGACCCUCUGUGGAGGCGAAGACUAAACUUUCUCUGUAGACUUCAUUUAAAAAGCCAGACACAAGCCUGAUCACAAAGUGAAACUGGUGGUUUAAUGUCAGUAUCAAUAGUGUCUUUUUACUGAUGCCAUGUCUCAGCCAAACCAUGUGAUCUUCUAUCUCCCAACUAUACCAAGCUAGUUUUCGGCCCUUAUGUUUGAUCUGUCAGUCCGUCAUGGUAAUGUUUUUUUUUUUUUUUUUUUUUUUUUUUUACAGUUAAACACCUUACAAGAAGAUGUUAGUUUUUAAAGGUGCUUAACAUGUACUGCAGAUUGUAAAAUUGGCAAGUCAGCUAGUGCCUUCAGACUUCAGACCGUCCAAUGAUUACUGUGAUUUCAAGGCAGCAAAGACACCUAAAUAAAAUGAUUAAAAAACAA